CAGAGGAGAAUCUACAGCUGCCCUCAGUGCAGAGAGACUUUCACUCCAAGACCUGUUCUACGCAGAAACAACAUGCUGGCUGAAGUGGUGGAGAAACUGAAGAAGACAGAACUCCAAGCUGCUUCUCCUGCUCACUGUUACACUGGACCUGGAGAUGUGGAGUGUGAUUUCUGCACUGGGAGAAAACUCAAAGCCAUCAAGUCCUGUCUGAUGUGUCAGGCCUCCUUCUGUGAAACUCAUCUCAAACGUCACUAUGAAGUUCCUGGCUUGAAAAAGCACAAAUUGGUCAACGCUUACUCACACCUACAAGAGAAGAUCUGCUCUCAGCAUGACAAAGCAAUCGAGAUCUACUGUCAUACUGACCAAAGCUACAUCUGUUAUAUGUGUAAGAUGCAUGAACAUAGAGGCCACGAUACAGUUGCUGCUGUAGCAGAAAGAAGUGAGAAACAGAGUGGUCUGAAGGAGGAGCAGAGGAAAUGGCAGCAGGAAAUCCAGGAGAAAGAGAAGAAGGUCCAGGAGCUGAAGCAGGCUGUGGACACUCUUAAGCACUCUGCACAGGCAGCAGUGGAGGACAGUGAGAGGAUCUUUAAUGAGCUGAACUGCUCCAUUGAGAAAAAGCGCUGUGAGGUGAGAGAUCUGAUCAGAGAUCAGGAGAAGGCUGAACUGAGUCGAGCUGAAGGACUCUUGGAUCAACUGAAGAAGGAGAUUGCUGAUCUUAAGAGGAGAGACACUGAGCUGGAGCAGCUCUCCCACACAGAGGAUCACAUCCAGUUCCUCCAGAGUUUCCAGUCUCUCCAUGUCUCUUCUGAAUCUGAACACUCACACAGCAUCUAUGUCUAUCAACAACUCUCAUUUGAUGAAGUGAACAAAUCUCUCUCUGAUCUGAAAGAGCGACUAGAGGAAUUCUGGAGGGUGGAAUUCAACAAAAUCCCUCCACAAGCUGCAGCAGUUCAGAUUAUCUUCAGUGCAAAGACCAGAGAAGAUUUCCUGAAAUAUUUCUGUCAGCUGACUCUGGAUCCCAACACAGCUCAUCAUUCCCUCAGUCUGUCUGAGAUGAACCAAUUGGUGACAUGGAGUAGGGAAGUCCAGCCAUACUCUGAUCAUCCAGAGAGAUUUGACUACUGGGCUCAGGUGUUGAGUAAGGAGAGUGUGUGUGGAUGCUGUUACUGGGAGGUUGAGCGGAUCAGUGGGGAAUGGGUGUUCAUAUCAGUCUCAUAUAAAGAUAUCAGCAGGAAAGGACAGGGUAAUGAUUGUGGGUUUGGAUUCAACUCUCAGUCCUGGAGUCUCGUGUGUUCUUCCACCCUCUCUUUCUGCCACAAUAAUUUUCAGAUUAAGAUCCGAGACCCACCACCCACCAGAAUAGGAGUGUAUGUGGAUCACAGUGCAGGAAUCCUGUCCUUCUACAGAGUCUCUGACACAGUGACCCUCCUACACACAGUCCACACCACAUUCACUCAGCCCCUCUAUGCUGGCUUCUGGCUUGCUUCAGGUUCAACUGUGAGGUUAUGUGAUCCCAAAUAAUGUUUGUAUUACUAAUGUGGUAUAUUGUGGUUAAUAAUGGGGAGAUGAACAAUUAAUACACAAUCCCACAUUGUUGUUGUGAUCAUUCUUUGAUGUUUCUCAGAUCCUAAAAUGGUUCAUAUUGUUCAAUAGCCCUUCUGGUCUGGGUUUAGACAAGACUGUAGUCACAGUACAUAUUAGGGGAACACGCCCCCCUGCCCCCCACCCCCAAUACUGAGAGAUGCUCAAAUUGCCCCCCGCAAUAUACUGAGGUAAAAUACAUUUAUUGCACUCACUAGCUUUGCCCAACGUCAGGAGCUGUCAAUGUUCCCAUCUCUUGUUGAUGGGAUUAUUAUUGUCACACUGUCUCACCGUAUCAGCUCACCUGACUAGCUAGCAGGAAAAGGUAAAGGUAACGUUAACGUCAAUACUAUAAUUGUAGAAAUAAAUGUUUUACUAAAACACAUCAGUAAUUGUAUGAAGUGGAAAUACAUUUUUGGUGAAAAUGGGCCAGUUUUAUAAUGCUAAAUCAACAACCAUCACUACUUCCCUUAGCUAGCAUAGCUAAGUUACCUGUUACGUUAAUUAGGCACAUUCAUACAGCACCCAACAGUCAUGAGCACAUUCACCUAACAUUAAUGUUUUUAGAUUUCGUGAUGUGUUAGAAAUCCCAUGUGAAGUCUCAGUAAUGUGUCAGACUUUGUAGGGAUGUAUGUAAACAUGUAGAGUGUAGCAGCUUUAUUGAAUAUUCGUAUAAUAUCCUGUGUGUUCUAUUUGCCUAUGAUAAAUUGCAUUAGUGUUUGAUUAAGUAAAAGCAGAUUUUUAUUAGUCAGCUUUUGUCGGCUUUCAUUCAGUUAUGAGUAAGAGGAAGAUUGUCAGUGACAUUCAGUGUUUGGACAACCUCAGAAAAAAAAGAAAAGUAAGAGAAAACGAGUACUAGUCAGGUGAUAUAAGUAUAUAAAAGAGUUGCACAAGAACUGAGUCAGUCUUUCCUGACACUUUCAGUCAUAACAUACUGAAUGUGUUGACAAUAAGAAAUUAUCAGUAAUCUAUUCCUGAACAUCAUGGCAAGAAAUACCAGUUGUUUUAUCAAUAUUUAUUUCCUGUCCAAUCUGGUUUAUUAAAGUUUACUUUUUCAAUUUUGUGUUCCUACUUUUAAACAAAUUGGCUACUUAUGUGUAUAAAGAUCUAAUGUCUUGAAUUUUCCAUUGUGGAUUUCUUUAUCACAUGUAGAAUGAGAACAGUAUGUUUGUAUUUUCCUGAAAUAAACUCCAUCUGAUUCUGCUUCAUCUACA